AAAAAAAUCAUUCAAAAAUAUUGUUUUACAAAAACUUUUAGAGAACUAACUCUUAUACACAAAACAAAGUGGUUUCAUCGAUCAAUACAUCAAUGGCUAAAGUUGCAAAAACUUUUCUCUUAAUUCUUGCGGCUUUUUUCUUUACUAUUGCCGUGCCGGUUCAUGCACUCCAUGAUCAAAUUAAUCCCAAAAUUGAUGCUAUCUAUCAAUUUGGAGAUUCGAUCUCAGACACCGGUAAUUUGAUACGUGAUAAUCCAAUUGGAGCACGCUCCAACUGCGGAAAACUUCCAUACGGACAAAGCUUCUCCUUCAAACCUACUGGACGAUGCUCUAACGGUCGUCUUAUGAUAGAUUUCUUUGCUGAAUACUUCAAGUUGCCAUACCUUGAUGCAUACCUUAACAAGGAUGGUGACUUUAGCCAUGGAGCUAACUUCGCCGUUGCCGGUUCGACGGCUCUAAGCCCAUACACUUUAGCCGCAAGAGGAAUUGUGUCACGAACAACAAGGAGUUCUUUAGUACCAGUACAACUUGCAUGGUUUAGGUCUCAUCUUCCUUCUAUUUGCUCCAAUCCAUCAGAUUGCAAGAGUAAACUUGCCAAUGCCCUUUUUAUAAUUGAAUCGGGUGGUAACGACUUCAAUUACGCUUUCUUCGGAGGUAAAAGUAUGGAAGAAGUACGUAGCAUGGUACCCCAAGUUAUUCAGAAUAUUAUCACAGCCAUUCAGGAGUUAAUUAGUUUGGGUGCCACUCGAAUCGUCGUUCCUGGAAAUUUUCCAAUCGGUUGUUUGCCGAUUUAUCUUACUUCUUUUCAAACAAAUGACAGAACUAUGUACGAUGAACUCAACUGUCUCAAAGGAAUGAAUGAAUUCGCAAUGUUCCAAAACAAUUAUUUACAACAAAUUUUAAGGGAGAUUCAAAUGCAACAUCCUACAGUUACAAUCGUCUAUGCUGACUACUUUACUGCUCUAACACAACUCCUUCAAAACGCCGCCUCUCUUGGAUUUGACAAGGAUGAAACACAAAGGGCUUGUUGCGGAAUGGGUAACAAUGCAUACAAUUACGAUGCUGCUAAAAUGUGCGGAAGAGGAGUUCCAGCAUGUGAACAUCCUUACAAGAGUGUAAGCUGGGAUGGAGUUCAUAUGACUCAACACGCGUACAAAGUCAUGGCGAAGUGGCUGUUAAAGCAUAAUAUUAUUCCUAGUAUCUCUAAAACGGCCCCUUAA